UAUAAAAAAUACCUUAGCAACCAUUUAUUAUGCUUUCAUUUUUAAUUAUUUUAUUUAUCGUCUUCAAUUUGCAUACUUUUUGACGAGCUCAUGAAUAAAACAAAUUAUGAAAAUGAGUUGUCAGCCGAACGUGCUGCUCAAGCUGAGAGUAUUAUGCGAAUCGUAAACGAAUCCAUUGAAAAAUUACAGAUUUCCUUAGUAAUUCCCAGGAUAUUGGAGAACCCUUUCACCGUGAGAAGACAUUUAAAGAAUGAAGAAUGCUGGCAUGUGAUACAAUCAUACCUAACAAUGAAGAAACAUAAACCUGAGGAGAAUUUGCAGUUGCUUCAGUUAAUUGACAUGUUUCAUGAAAACCGUGAAAUGCUCAAUACACUACCUAACUGGUUAGAUGAAUUGAGCGAAGAAGAUAAAUCUCUUCUGAACGCUUUUACACUGCUGCAAAAUAUUGUUGCAGAACGUUUGAGCAAGUCGGCAAUGGCUGAAUUGGCGAAGGAGAAGAAAAUUCAUCAAAUCUAUCAUGAUAACGAGCAGAUGAAGAAGAAUAUCUUAGAAUUGCAAGCCAAAUUACAUAACCAAAAAAUGAACUUGAGAUGGAAGUUGGCAGCUAAAGAUGGUAUUAUCAAAAAGUAUGAGGCAGAUUUGGCGUUUAAAAAAUGGGACAAUAAUGUACGCAUAAGAGAAGAACUUGUGAAAUCUAGCAGGCGCAUUCACAACAUCCACGCCGCCAGUGUAAUUAAACAAAAAGAGUUGGAAGAGGAACUAGAGAAAACAAAAACUACAUAUGGAAAAAUUUUAAAACAGAAUCUCGCUCAUGAGAAGGAGGUUCGCGAUGAAAAAAAUAAACUUUUACUGCAAUUGCAAGCUUUGGUGAAGAAAUUCGAUCAAAAUAUUGGCGAAAAAAUUAAAGAGAAGGUUUAUUUGCAAGAGGAAUUUGACGAGCAAAAACGACAGUUUGACGAAUUUCUCAUUGAAUACCAACGCGAGGAGGCUGAAUAUGAAGCUAUCGUUAAAACAAAAGAAGAGGAAGAUAGGAGGAGGCACGAGGAGAGAGUCAUGCUGUUUAUGAUGACCCGUGCCGCGAAAAUUGUUCAGCGGGCAUACCGACGUUAUCGUCGCAAUAAAAAAAAGGUUGAAAAGAAAAAGGGCAAAAAGAAGCGCAAUUGAAGUGGUUUGGAAUAGCAUACACUCCUCAUGGAGGCACUUUAAAUCUACGGUAGAUGAUCGAAUCUAGGCACUCAAUGAAUUUUCAAUAUAUCGAGAAAUAUUUUGGAAAAAUUAUUUUGG